UUUCAUAAAGAAAACACAAAUAACUUUGGCGAUAUGACUUUGCAGCUCAUCAGGCUUAAUGACAACUCCGAAUCCGAGCCGAGCAUGCCAGCCAAGAUCGUUUUGGAUCAACUAAGUCGAGUUCCAUUGCGAUGCCCCCUGGAACAGUGUGCUGCCACCAUAUCCUGGCUGGACUUGCUCGCCCAUAUCAAGGAGCAGCACUACCCAGUCACUGAUCUAUUUCAUGUGGCUUUCGAGGGAGAGCGCUGCAACCUGAUCUUCGAUCCCGUUCGCUUGACCCCGCGCGAAACCAUUUGCUUGGGUGUUCUACUUUUCGCUGGCGAACGCGGUGAGGUGGGGAAAUUGCCCGGCCAACAGGGUAUCUGUCACCGAAAUCGAGGCUUGAGAGAUUCGGGACUGCAAAAUAUGGAGGAUCAUCAGCCCGUUUUGAUAUUGCUAAGAAAAUGUGCCUUCUUCGAGUGGUUGAUGCAGGACAAGGAUGUAAAAAAUAAGGAGGACUGCAAAUGGAGUUGCCAGCAGGAGUUUCCGAAUCAGCAAAACCCCGAAAGGGCGGAAUAUCUGGGUUUCAGAGGGGAAGAAGAACACCCAACAUCCAGUAAGGAUUGCCAAAAGACAAAACGGAGUAAGGAUUGCAGAAAUCCCAACACAGGAAAGGUCCGCCUUAAACGAACGGUAUACCUGGACUUUAGUGCUGAAGCGGGUCCAAAAUCAAAAACGAAGACCAUCACAAUAGCAACAGAAAGGUGGGCAAAAGUCAGAAAAUCGAUGAGACCCCUAACCCAAAAAAGGAUCAAAAAGGGGAUACCUCAGACCCUGAAGAGGAUCGAAAUAAGAAGACCACCGACCCAGAGGCUGGAAAUGUACCUGAUUUGGACGCAAAGUGUGCCCAGUGUACGACCUCUCUACGUUUCCAUAACCGUCUAUGAUGGCACCAUGUCUGAGGGUCGAAGUGUCCUACGUUUGGUCACCAAUUCCGGUAGAGCUCGCCCCGAACUGGAUGGCAAGCAAUUGCCAAAGGCCCAGCAUUCCCUGUGGCUAACUGAAAGGGAAAUGCAGCAAUUAUGCGGCAAAGAGCAUAAGGUACAUUUAGAAAUGAUUCUGAACGAGCGAUUGGAGGAAACAACCCAAGGAAAGCCUGGUACGACUUCCGCUCAGAAAUGA